UUACCUAUUAUUAAUUAUUUUAAAUUAAAUACACAUUUAAAAGACAAAUUGAACCGCAUGCGAGCAGCGUAAUAGAACAACUUAGAAAAGUCACCCCAAAAUGCACCUAAAAAGUAAGCACUAUAAUCUGACACCAAACAAUAAUUUUCUUUAAAGGUGUCUGACCUACCUUGUUUCCUAGUGAAGGGGACCAUAGUGAUUUUGAUGACUUUACUUAAUGCUGCAGGAUGAGAAUUAAAUUCAUAGAAAUGACAAUCGGCCAUAUGAAGUUCCUUGGAAUUUUCUUUACCCAAUAAUCAUGUCUUUUGGCUGUUUGUCUGUAACUUGACAGACUGUAGUUGUUAAUUUCUAGGUCAAGAAAAGAUAGAUAAAGACUUGGACUUUGCUUUGAGAGUAAUUUCAUUUCCAGCAUCGUCCUUCCUAGAAAAUUUGUUCGAGGUGGAAUUCAUCAACAUAACAGAACAGACGGAGAGACUGAGAGAAAAGAAGAAUUUAUUUUUUAUUAUUAACAUUCAAGAGGAAGAGCCUAGGAUGGAUCGGCGAGACUUUGUGGUUAAUAUUGAGCAGCGAAUGAACCGGCACAGGCAGCAGAUGGCCGAUUCUGGAACCAUCAUGCCCACUUUUCCUGAUGUCCUUGUUGAAAUAGAUGAUUCGAUCCAAUGCCGAUUUCCAAGGUUAGCAUCAUUCGGCCUUUAUCACAGAGACAUUCCACAUCUACAUCGCUUCGAAGAGAAGAAGACAACUUUUUGUGACCAAUUUCUUCGUCGGAUAGGAAUACCGGAGAGAAAUCAGUUAUUCUCUCCUGAGGACUUGCGGGCGCUAAAACGAGAAACAAAAAGAUGCUACCGUCAAAAUAUUCGUUUGCCUUCUGGUGAUGACCUUGUUAACAUGAUGUUGCUCGAUGGUUGCUUUAUGGUAGAGCUCUUCCUUCAAUAUGAGGAGGCUAGGAAUGUUGAACCGCCAUGGUCUGUCCCAUGGUGUGUCCCAUCUCUGAUUGCAGAUCUACUGAAACUGGAGAACCAGUUACCCUUUUUCAUUCUUGAGAGAUUGUUUGAGUUAUCCAACUUUGGUCAAGGCGCAACUCUGACCACCCUUGCCUUGAGAUUUUUGAACCAAGUCUUCUGCAGCCCUUCAGAUGUGGACAACUCCCAAAUUGUAAACCCCCCUAAACAUUUACUGGACUUAUUCCGCUCCAGUCUUCUUCCCUCAACCCAAGAAGAAGCACGACAAGGGAAUCACAGUCAUUGGGAGUAUUCAAUCCAAAGCGUGAAGCACCUGCGUAAUUCAGGAAUCACGGUAAGAAAAAAGACAGCUAAAAGUCUCUUGGAGAUAGAAUUCAGGAAAGUUCAACUCCCACUCUUAGCUCUUAAAAUCCCUCCCUUCGAAAUGAAUGAUUGGACUAGAUCCAUCCUGGUGAACUGUGUUGCUUUGGAACAACGUUCGCAAGAUAGAGACAAACAUUUCACUUCUUAUGUAUGCUUCAUGAAUUACCUCGUGAAGGAACCCGAAGAUGUUACAUUUCUCCGUUCUGUCGACAUUAUCACGAACCACCCUUGGCAAGAUGAGAUGCGCUUUAUAAACAUGCUGAAUAAUCUCGGGCGAAAUUUCUGCUUUUCCUGA